AUUUUCCAGUCAAACACAUUGCAUUCUCAUUCACCAGAGGACGCUGCCCGUUUCAGCAACGAACAUUUGUUUUUUUGUUUUGAACAGCAAAAUGGAUUGUUCGUUUCGUUGCGAUAUUGAUUUUCAAUCUCCGAUGGAUUUUUUUUUAUCGUUUUUUCUACAAAUUGUUCUUUAAAUUAUUGAUUUCAAUUAAUUUCCUUGCUAAAAUUCAUCACAUGUGACGUACUUAAUCACCAAGUACACGAAAAAUUCGUGAUGGUUCGAAUGACAUUUUGCGCGCCCAUCGACACCAACUUCAUACCAGUCCAAAUUGAAAUUUCAAUUCGUGCGGCAACGACAUUCAACACCAACAAUAUUUUGAAACUGUAACAACGCACUUUCUGCACAACACACAUCACGGAUGAUAUUCUAUAGAAUCGAGUGUUUUGGCAUAUUUUAAACCAUUUUAUUUAUUUUAAUCAUCAAUGGAUUGUGUUUUAGUCCGUUCGUAAUUUGUUUUCUGUGUAAUUUGUUUAUUUUUUUUAUCGUGUUCGUGUGUGUGUAUGUGGAAUUAAAAUCGACUGAACAUCAAGCGGGAAAAGAGUUCCAAAUAUGGCGAGUGACAGUGACCAAAACGAUUUUUCACGGUUCUCAAUGAACAAUUCAUCGUACAAUAAUACAACAAACGAUUCGCAAUCGAAUCAAAGCAACGAUCAAACUAACAUUGAUACCACCAAUGCUGCAAGCAUCAAUGAAAUCACCAAUGCAAGCAUCAAUGAUGCCACCAAUGCAAGCAUCAAUCAAAGCGGCAAUGAAACAACGGAUGAUAGCAACGAUGAUCAAAGUGAUCAGAGCUCGAUGGAUGGUGCUGCCAAUGAUUUCAUCGAUGAUGCGGCUGACGAGUCAGUUAUUGUACACAAGAGAAAGAAGAUAGGAAAACGAUUGAUUCUCGAUUCUGAUUCGGAGUCUGAUAAAGAUCGUGAAGAAUCAGAAGUGGAAUCAGACGAAAGAAAGUCAGGAUCAGACAAUAAGUCGGAUGAGGAGGAUUCAAACGAGUAUGGGUCCGAUGAGGAAAACAAGGAAAACAAAAGUGAAGUCAAAGACGAAAGUGACGAUGAAAAUGUUUCAAAAAACGAUCGAAAAAGCAUGACCAAACGACGUAGCAAUGGAUCAAAGCGAAAAUCGAAUCGCGAGAGCCGAAACAGAUUCAAUCGGUCUGGAAACAGUGAUGCGAAUGAAAGUGACCGAAGCAUGUUAAAUAGCACGAAAUCUUCAGAGGUAGUCAUACCCGAGACAGACGAUGAGGAUGAAGAGGAAGAUGCCGAGCGUUCGCAAAUGCAUGUAUUUUCGCCACGAACUCGUCGCAGCAUAACCGGUCGUCGAUCGAUCAAACCGUCAGUGAUUAACUCGGACGAAGAUGAUGACGAAAUAUUUAGUGAAGCAUCCGAUUCGGCCGCAUCACGUUCGAAUGCCAACCUAUCGGUGGAUGCAACCAAAUACUAUGAUACAACUGAAAAUUUCAAACGUAAUCGAAGUAUCGCUCCAAAUGAUUCAGCAGUUAUCAAAACACCCAAUGCAAAACGGUUCAGUCAGCAUAAUGUGGAUAUUUCAACAAGUACACCAUCUCGUUCGACGCCUGACAUUGAAUUUUCGGAUAAGUCCAAUGUGAGCCAAACGAGCAGCAUUCACAUCAGCGUGUCGGAUAAGGAGAUGAAAUCGGUUGAUUCGGUGGUCGUGCUGAAUUCCAGCGAUGAAGAGAAUCACAAACCGUUGUCAAACAGCACGGCCAUCGAUUUCAAAGGGGUUGGCACCUCAACGCCCGGAACAAGUGGAAAAUUGAUUCAGCCAAAGCUGCAUUUCGGACGACAGCAACCAAAGUUCAAUAAGACUUUUGUGUCUCGUGAUUUUUACACGAAAAAAGAAGAUGAAUUGAUUCGAGUGAAGCAAGAGCUUACGCAAAAUGAAGAGCUAUUCAACCGACUUGCUCCAACAUUACCCGACAAGGGCCAAAAUUUGAAGCGACGCGUCAACGAUUUGCAACGACAGGUACAUAAGAUGGAAGGGGAGCUCGCAAAAUAUGCCAUCGAAGAGGAUCAUUUGGAUGAGAUCAUGGUGAUUGAAACGACAAAUAACAAUAAACCAAAAAUUGAGGCCAAAGACUGGCGCGCUGAUCUAGAUGAUCUAAAAAACAUUCAGCCACGUUGGACCGGUGAACAGGGGCUAUCCACAUUCAAUACACAGAAGACACUCACAUUCAAACGUAUCGAAAAGUUGCACAAAGCCAUGGACAAGUGUCCAACGCCCGAUGAUCUUGCACGGCAGCCCGACAAUCUCAACGUUCAGCUGAUGCCACAUCAAUUGCAUGCCAUUAAGUGGAUGCGGUGGCGCGAGGCUCAGAAACCGAAAGGAGGUAUAUUGGCCGAUGACAUGGGAUUAGGUAAAACAUUGACAGUGAUCGGUUUAGUGCUGGACGCUAAAUAUCGCAAACAUCAAUCGCUCGCUGAGGAAGAUGAAGAUGAAGAUGAAAAUACCGAAGACGAAAGUGAAAGCGACGAUGAAAAUGAACGUGGUUACAAGAAGUCGUACUCAAAUCAAGGUGGAACGUUGAUCGUUUGUCCGGCAUCGCUCAUAAAUCAAUGGGAAUCUGAAAUCAAUAACCGUGUGAAACGGCGUAAGUUGACAGUGCUUUUGAUGCAUGGUAAUAAACGAAAUGAGACGGCUCAUUCGAUUUGCAAGUAUGAUUUGGUCAUUACAACAUACGGCAUUAUCAGCAGUGACCACAAGAACAAUGGUGCAUUGUUCCGUAUACGCUGGGAUCGAAUUGUGUUGGAUGAGGCGCACAUGAUACGAAACCAUACAACGGCUGUGUCAAAGGGUUGCUGUGAUCUGCGUGGUAAUCUGCGCUGGGGCCUAACUGGUACACCCAUUCAAAAUAAACACAUGGAUGUGUAUUCGAUGUUAAAGUUCUUGCGUGUCACACCGUUCGACGAUUUGGCCACAUACAAAAAAUGGAUUGACCCGAAAACCGAGGCCGGAAUGAGUCGAUUGCACAACAUUCUAAAGCCAUUACUACUGCGUCGUACCAAAACCGAACUUCAAAUCAAAGGCGAACUACAAGCAUUGCCCAGCAAAAAUAUCCUGAUUGAAGAUGUCGAACUAACGCCCGACGAAGCAAAUAUUUAUACAAAAAUUCUGGCCUAUUCCCAAACUCUAUUCGCUCAAUACAUGGAUCAGCAUCAGCAGCGACAUGGAUCUGUACCAGGUGGCGGCAAAUUCACAUUGGGCGCUGAUGUUCAGAAGCGUUUAGAUCAAGUGCGAAAGUUUGGUCGUGGUCAAGAUGUGAAAUCAUCACAGAUUUUGGUAUUAUUGCUACGAUUGCGUCAGAUCUGCGAUCAUCCGGGUCUUAUUCAUCAGAUGCUACAAGAUGAAUGCGAUUUGGAAGAUUGUGAUGAAGAAGAAUACGACUCGGUUGACAUGAACAUUGUUAAGCAGAUGAUUGGCUUGAAAAUUAACGACGAUGGAAAAGGACGUGGACACAACAGCUCCUCCGAAGAAGAGGUCAAAUCCAGCAACAUUCUUCUCAGCACGAACAAAAUGUAUGACUUCAAACACCCUAGUUCGAAGUGCAAACGAACAAUUGAAAUUGUCAAGCGUAUUUUGCGUGAAUCCGAUGACAAAAUCGUUGUUGUGUCGCAAUGGACCACAUUUUUGACGAUCGUUGCCGAUUUGUUGCAUCGCGAGCGAGUGCAUUACGUCGAACUGACUGGCAAAACUCCGAUUAAAGAUCGCAACAACAUCGUUGUCAGUUUCAACAAUCCCGAUUCACCGGAACGUGUGAUGAUGUUGUCAUUGGUAGCAGGAGGUGUUGGCUUGAAUUUAACGGGAGCAAACCAUCUGAUAUUGCUCGAUCCACAUUGGAAUCCACAGUUGGAGUCGCAAGCAUUCGAUCGAAUCUAUCGUGUUGGCCAGACCAAAGAUGUUCAGAUUUACAAAUUGCUAUGCGAAAAAACCGUGGAGAAGCACAUUCAAUCGAUCCAAGAGAAUAAGCUACAGCUAUCGGAUAACGUGUUAACGGGAAGCAAACAGGGUAGCGGUUCAAAAUUGUCGAUCCAAGACAUGCGAAAAUUGUUCGAUAUGUGAUAAAUGGGUUCAAAAUAAGUCGUUUUAUCUAAAUUUUCUAUUCAAGUGGCAUCGAGUAGCCCAGUAUUUAAGUUUAAACAGUAAAUAAAACAAAACGCCAUUGGAUUUGACCGAGAAAAAAAAAACAUGAAAAUUUUGUAAUUCAAAUAAAUGCGUACAUGAAACGUUUAUUUUCAGAAGAAAAAAGAUUCAAAAAAUGAUAUAUUUCCUUUGGGGGCAAAUGAAAUAGAGAAUAUGUUUAACAAAGAUUCAUUAUUAAAAAAUGGAGUGAAUAAUCAAA